AUUCAUCUACCUUUCAUAAGUGACACAAAAAGAUAUACUAUGUUCCUUUGAUUUUGUAUAGUCUAGACUACUUCCCUCUCUUCCAUUAGGGCAGUUGAACUGAUCAUGGGUAGGUAAUGUUGUUGGAUUUCAUCCCAAACACAAGUCAUUAUGACCUAAAAUCCCUAUAUAAAGAACCUCUUCCUUCUUGUGUGUACUGAUGUUUAUUCCUUGUGCAUGAGAAACAUUUUGAGAACAUCUCCUAACAACAACCACAACUCCAGCUGCCUACCUAAAUCAUCAUCCUUCUAAUUCUUUGAAGAAAAAAAAUAUAUUUUGAUUCCAACAACAUUAAUUCUCUGUUGAUCUUCCUAGCUACACGUACAAGAAGUCAUCAUCAUGUUCAUGGAAGAUGGACAGCAGCCACCACAGGAACCGGCGGCAGCGGCGCCACCACCGCCAUUGCCGAACAUAAACAUUCCAUAUCUUUUCAGUACCCCUUCUUUUCAUGAAUCAAGUAUUGAUCCUUCACUUUUGAACCAACCCGUGCAAAACCCUCAAAUUGUUCCCCAUGAUUUUGAUUGGGCUGCUAUUUUGUCUAGUACAACUUCUUCCAUUCACAACAAUAUUAUUGGUGGUAGUGAGGAUUAUGAUCAUCAACAAAUAACAAAACCAAUCUCACCAAGCUUACAGCCUUUAGCACCGUCGAUGAAUAUUAUGAGCGAAUUAGGAAAUAGUAAUUACAUUAAUAGGGUACACAAGGUUGGGAGAGUUGGUAAAUCCAAAAAAUAUGUUCCACCAAGGAUUGCUUUCCAUACUAGAAGUUCUGAAGAUAUUCUUGAUGAUGGAUACAAGUGGAGAAAAUAUGGCCAGAAAGCUGUGAAGAACAGUGCUCAUCCUAGGAGCUAUUAUCGGUGCACACAUCAUACAUGCAAUGUGAAGAAGCAAAUACAGCGACUAUCAAAAGACACAAGCGUUGUGGUGACAACAUAUGAAGGCAUUCACAAUCAUCCUUGUGAGAAGCUGAUGGAGACUUUAAGCCCACUUCUCAAGCAACUUCAAUUUCUUUCCAGAUUCUAAUGUCACAUACACCCACGUCCCAAAAAAAUAAUGUCGUGUUAUAGUAUAAUUAUAGAUUAGACUACUUUUAUUUUGGGAAGGAAAGAUUAUUAAUUAUAAAUUCUCCACUUCCUCAGAUCUUGACCGUAUAACAUUUGUCUGUAAAAAUACUCGCUACUCGCUAGGUAGUUGUAAGUUCCAAAACCAAGAUGUCCAUACAUAUACUAAGUUAAACGUUCGAAUUGUGUAAUUGAAUGUACGUAUAGUGCCACAUAUGUUAAUGAUUGUAAAUUUUACGCUUAGAAAAUCCCCAAUGAUUUACAUUAUUA